GACAUCUUGGCAGAGGAAUCCAUCUUGAGUAACUUCUUUGCAUCCCAAGUUUGAAAGUGCAUAUUGCUGCUCAUUUGAGAGAAGAAAUUUGGAUUGAGGAAUAAUGGUUUUAAAGGAUUCUAUGGAACGUAUAGAUUGUAAGCUGACAACUCAAGACGAGGAUAACAAAUGCAAUUUUCGAAAAAUCGUAGUUUCCUGGUAUCACGGCCAAUGUCAAAAUCGACCAUAUGGCGGCUGUAAUCCAUCGCCCAACAACUUUUCCAGCAAUGAGGAGUGUGAACAAAUCGCAGCUGAAACAUGCACGAAUGCAAUGGGAUUAUGGGAACAACUGAAAAUUUAUUUCAUUCAAAUUAAAGAUAGUAUAUGUAAUUAUCUAGGUAUUUGUAAAAUAAUCGGACUUGCAAGAGCUGAAAGGCUUGAUGAACUAUCCCAGGAGGCAUGAUAAGCAUUGUAAACAUGGUUCACAUUUAGGGAAUAUAAUAAAUAAAUAUGAUUUUACAAUUACAAAA